AUGUUUUUCAACUCAGUGUUAUUGGCAGCUCUCUUGCCAUACGUAGCUUUUGCGCGCCAUCAUGGGUCGUGCUACUGCAAUGCUGACAUCAAUGCUCAAUGCCAGAAGGACGCCUGCGCAGCUUUUGGAAAUGGUUACAAAAUUACGAAUAUACCUUCUGGUCUCAACAAGUACAACGUAGGAACGACAUGGCAAGCUAGCAGAUGCUAUACGAAAACUGCGAACGGCAACUACUUUAAUGGCAUUGAGGGCGACGACUGGCUAGCUCAAUGCCAGGCGUCUUGUAAAACUGGUUCCAAAUGUACUUAA